GCUAGUCACCGCUAGUCGCCGACACGAAAAUCCCCUCUUCCUCUCACGUUCACACUUCCUCACACAUAAUAUUUAACCGCCCUUCAGUUCGAUAGUUGUCACUGUAACAGAUAACAUCUCUGAAUCAUGGCUCCCGCUACUGGCACAUCCUUCCGUCCGUGGGCCGAUGGUCCUUGGCCCUUGAUCGAAACGCCCUCCAAAACACAAGACAUUUCGCAACACGAGGCUCUUUACAUUGCCAAUGAGAUGGCCUUCGCUCACAAUGCUAUGCUCCGAGGCCUAAAUGCCCUUUAUCUUCAAGCGGAGCAGGUAACCGAACCUCAAGACGUUGCCGAUUUCCUUGUAUUCCUCCGCAGCUGGGCUGGAUGGGUAUCCCACCAUCACACCCUGGAAGAAGAGCAGAUGUUCCCUCAAUUCGAAGGGGUGAUGGAGCAACCCAAUUUCUUACAAGGGAAUGUGCACGAGCAUCAUAGCUUCCAGCCCAUUCUGAAGCAACUCCUCGACUAUGGGACGAAGACUGAGCCUGCUAGCUACAAAGCCUCAACCGUGCGCGGUUUAAUCGAACAGAUGGCGCCUAAUUUUCGCGAGCACCUUGCAAAUGAGAUCACCAGUCUUAUGAGCAUGGCACCUUAUGACGGGCCAGCUCUUCUCAGAAUCUAUAAAGAGUGUGAGGCUGAGGCAGGCAAACAAGACAAGAAUGUUAUCCCGCCUAUGGUUCUCGGGCUCCGUGAUGUGACAUUUGAAGGGGGAAACCAAUGGCCCGCUAUGCCACCGUUGUCCACUCACUUCGUGCAUUAUUUGUUUGCGCGUAAACAUGCUGGGGCUUGGCGGUUCUUGCCUUCUGAUACAUGGGGCAAGCCGCGCCCGCUGGCAUUUGGUAAGCCUUGAUUAGACAUGAAUUGCGGGGACUGGGCGGAGCUAUGUGGUAGAGGCUAGAGAAGAGCAGGGAUGUUAUAUAAGGAUCGGCAUUGACAGAUAUCUCACACUUUUUU